AUGCGUUCCGCGUCCUUUCUACCCGCCUUCAUUGGCGCACUCUUGCCCACCGCGAACGCUCAGGCAUGCGGCCUCAAUCAGGUGGCGCAAGCCGCUGGCUUGCAGUACUUUGGUACGGCGGUCGGUGAAGGGGCUGUGAACGAGCAACCGUACAUGAACAUCGUCAACAACAUCAACGAGUUCGGGCAAGUUGUGCCCGAGAAUGGACAAAAGUGGCAGUCGACCCAGCCCAACAGGGGUCAGUUCUCGUACACGCAGGGAGACAUUGUCACCAACGUCGCCACCCGUAACAAUCAGGUCCUGCGCUGCCACACUUUGGUCUGGCACAGCCAGCUGCCCGGCUGGGUAUCGUCUGGCAGCUGGAACAGGCAAUCCCUGGAGCAGGUCAUCGUCACCCACAUCAACAACGUCAUGGGCCACUACCUCGGCAAAUGCUAUGCCUGGGAUGUAGUGAAUGAGGCCAUUGACGACAAUGGUGGCUGGCGCGACAGUGUGUUUUACCGCGUCUUUGGCACCGACUUCAUUCCUCUUUCCUUCAAGGCUGCCAAGGCUGCCGACCCAAACACGAAGCUCUACUACAACGACUACAACCUCGAGUACAACCAGGCCAAGACGGACCGUGCUGUCGAGCUUGUCAAGAUCGUCCAGGCUGCAGGCGCCCCCAUCGACGCUGUCGGCCUCCAGGGCCACAUGAUUGUCGGCUCGACUCCGUCCCGGUCCGCCUUGACCACAAUGCUUCGCCGCUUCACGGCUCUCAACGUCGACGUGUCCUACACCGAGGUCGACAUCCGCCACUCCAGCCUCCCGGCCAGCUCGCAGGCUGCUGCUCAGCAGGGGGUCGACUACGCCAACAUGGUAGGAUCGUGCCUCGACGUCGGCCCCCGCUGCGUUGGCUUCACAGUCUGGGGAUUCACCGACAAGCACUCGUGGAUCCCCAGCACCUUCCCCGGCACGGGUGAUGCGAUGCUUUACGACGCAAACUACAACAAGAAGCCGGCUUGGUCCUCUGUCUCGAGUGUCCUGCGCGCAAAGGCCACGGGCUCCGGCUGUGGUCCGGCUACAAACUUGCCCACUACUACCGUCGCCACUACCUCUCCUCCCACCAGCUUCACCACCAGUGUUACCUCUACCACGACCACUCCUCCUCCUCAGCAGACUACUCCUCCUGUCACGAACCCCGGCACGGUGCCGCAAUGGCAACAAUGUGGUGGUAUCAACUGGCAGGGUGGCACGGUUUGCGUGAGCCCUUUCAGGUGUGUAAAGCUGAACGAUUGGUAUUAUCAAUGUCUGGCGUGA